AUGAGCAAUGGCCUACAAGGGCGCAGCUCGGAGCCUCUCAACGAGAGAGAGUCCCGCGAGGAAGCUACCUGCUGGAGGUCGCUGCUUUGCUGGUUCGGCUUCUUCAUUCCAGUGGGCUUCGAGCUCUGGGUCCACCUGCUGCACGGCUUCGACCGCCAGGAGAUCCUUGGGGAGGAGGAUGCCCUUCCCAAGCAGCUGCGCGGGUUCCUGGACUUCGCGGAGCUGAUCUGCCGCGUGUGCCUGGGGCAAGUGCUGGUCUUCAGCGCCUGGCAGCUGGCCCGGGCCGUCUUCCACUGCAAGGUGGGCGUGCUCAUGGGCCAAAUCUGCGAGGCAUCGCCGCUGGUGCGGCAGUGGCUGCCGGCUUUGCUCCUGACGCUCUUCACGUUCGGAGUGGGUGUGUGGGGCUGCUUUGUGGGUGAUGAGGGCCUUCCUUUGUGGGCACUCCGCUACAGCCACAUUUGCGACAUGUUCUGCCAUGCCGUCGUGGCCUCCGCACUCAUGGGAUUAGGCUUUGACCUGACCUCCGAAGCACACCAGGGCCGGCUGCUUGACUUUUUGGUCAAGUUCUUCCUUUGUCUUGACACCAUCGAGGGCCAUGGCGUCCACAGCGAAGAUGCGGAGCCGGAGUUUGGUGAUCAAGUCGCCUUCAGCUUUUGCGACCAGUCCCAACAUCAGUCUCACGCGCGAGUGCGGUGGGCCUUCAAUGUGUGCCGAAUUUGCUCUAUGUGGGCGUCAUUUCUUUUUAUGUUCUUCGCCUACACUUUCACUGUGUACAUCCCAGAGUCAGCGCCACCCUGGGUUGAUGUCACGGUGGACUUUAUUGGCCGCUUUUGCUGGGCGGGCAUCAGCUGGUGGCUUAUGGUUUCCAUCCUAGCUUGCGCAGCGAGUCGCCCAGCCGGCGCAGGGACAAGUCACAGCUUCACCUGCCAGCCGGCCACCUUCGACGUCUUGCAGGCAUGCCGACCGCGCGGUUCAUUUGGGCAGCAAGAUCACCAGGAUCAGCCGACCCAGGACCACGGCGAACAGACGUUGGCAGCACCCCAGCAACAGGCGUCUGAAUUGCGGGAGGUGCUGCCCCCGGCAUAG